GGAUCGUUGAGGCAAAUCUUCGCAGAGAGGAGCAAAGAGAGGCUCCUAUCAAGGAGGGACUUCCCUGACCUGAGGCUAAACGCCAACAACAACGGCGUUCCCAACGCGCUUUCGGAGCGCGUGAACAAGUUCCGCGACGGCGUGGGCGAGUUUUUCGGCGAGCUUCGAGAGAUGGCACGCUCGGAUCCGCGAAAAGUGGUGUUCGCAAUAAAAGCGGGGCUUUCUUUAGCUCUGGUUUCGUUGUUCAUUUACAUUAAAGAAGAACAGUUGAAAAAGUACUCCAUCUGGGCCAUACUCACCGUCGUUGUCGUUUUCGAAUUCAGCGUAGGUGCGACUCUGAACAAAGGGUUCAAUCGAUCUUUGGGAACUAUUUCCGCUGGAGGGCUUGCUCUGGGUAUUGCUGAGUUGUCCGUUUUAGCUGGAAAGUUUGAGGAACUCAUCAUCGUACUAUGCAUAUUUAUUGCAGGAUUUUGUGCAAGCUAUGUGAAACUGCUGCCUGCAAUGAAGACAUAUGAAUACGGCUUUCGUGUGUUUUUGUUGACAUUUUGUAUUGUAUUGGUAUCUGGAAGAACUAGCAGGGAGUUUUUCACAACAGCAUUUUACAGAUUAAUUCUUAUUGCUGUUGGAGCUGGCAUAUGUUUGUUUGUAAAUAUUUUCAUAUACCCAAUCUGGUCAGGGGAGGAUCUGCAUAAAUUGGUGGUGAAAAAUUUCAAUGGAGUUGCUGCAUCAUUAGAAGGCUGUGUUAGUGGGUACCUGCAGUGUGUUGCAUAUGAGAGGGUCCCUUCAAAAAUUCUUGUUUAUCAAGCCUCGGACGAUCCACUUUACCGUGGCUAUAGAGCAGCAGUGCAGUCGUCAAGCCAAGAGGAAUCUUUGGUAGAUUUUGCAUUAUGGGAGCCACCUCAUGGUCCAUACAAGACAUUCAAUUAUCCUUGGAGAAGCUAUGUUAAACUCAGUGGAGCUUUGAGGCAUUGUGCUUUCAUGGUCAUGGCAAUGCAUGGAUGCAUACUUUCAGAAAUACAGGCACCCCCAGAAAAGAGGCUGGUUUUCAGUAAUGAGCUUCAGAAGGUAGGUACUGAAGGAGCCAAAGUAUUGCGUCAACUUGGAAGCAAAGUGGAAAAGAUGGAAAAGCUAAGCAAUAUAGACAUACUCUUGAAAGUGCAUGAUGCUGCUGAGCAAUUGCAGAUGAAGAUUGACCAACAAUCAUUUUUAUUGGUCAAUUCAGAGAGCUGGCAAGCUUCAAGAAAGCCUAAAGAAAUUGAAAAUCCUGACAAUUUGAUUGAUGUUAAAGACAGUGAAAGCAAGCAGUCAAUCAUCUCUUCCCUCAGUGAAAAUGGGGAUGAUUCAAGACUUAACAUAAGCUUAGAGCCUUCAGUGGCUGAAUUGAGCUUUUCACAAAACAUGAUGUGCAAAAGAAUAUCAUGGCCACGUCUCUCAUUUUUGGGAGAUAACUUGGUAAUUGAACAAGAUUCCAAAGUAUAUGAGAGUGCAAGCUCCUUGUCUUUGGCAACAUUUGCUUCUCUUUUAAUAGAGUUUGUUGCAAGGCUUCUAAAUCUUGUGGAUGAAUUCCAAGAUCUCAGUGAGAAGGCCAAUUUCAAAGACCCGUUUGACCAACAAGUGCAAGUGUUGAAGUAGGUGACAGUGACACUGGAGUUUGGUCCAUAUUUU